AUGGCGUACCAGGGGAAGAAGCUCAUCGGCAAUCCUAAUGGUCGGAAUUUUCUGCAUUGUUAUGUUAUUUUAUUUAAAUGUAGUGUUGAUGCUUGGAUCGUUGGUUUUCGUGUUGAGGCGUCAUUUUUUGUAUAUGCAUGCUGGUUUGAUCGCGUGAAUUUGGAUGGGAGCCCCGUGUUGUCGUAACAGCUAUGAUCCUGGUGCAUCAGUGUACAACUUAACUAUGUCUAUGAUGUAUUUUUGUGGAAACAUACCACUGUUGCUCGGAUCGUACGUUGUGGUGUUCGGAUUUCAAUUUUACUACUGCAUGUUGCUCUGAAGAUGUGAAUGCGGAUGAGAACUGCAUGUUAUCACUAAAUUUCUAAAGCAUAUAUGUAAAUUUUAAACUUAUGUUGCUUUUUGAAAUGUUUUCUCGUUGAUUUCUUAAUUCUGUGGUGUCCGCGGUGGUGCAGACGUCGUGACGGAGUUCAUAGAGGGCUUGGUUGAAACCUAUCCUGGUUUGCAGUAUAUCGAUGGUUUCCCUCAGGUGUUCUUUGAUAUGGCUAAUACUCGUCCUUUUCUUACUUCUUUCAAAGUCGUGCGCCUACUGAAUGAGACGUGAUCUGAAUUUGUGGAACGAAAUUACAUAAUUACAGGUGAAAGUUGUUUUGCGGGCAGAUGUCACGGGCAAAACUUAUGACAAGGUUGCAGUAAUAUCUGGUAAGCCGAUCUAAAAACUCUCUUUCUUAGCUGUCUUCAAUCCAUCAUACAUUAUUCACGAGAGAUGUUUAGACCAUGAUUUUUGGCUGGAGAUUAUUGCCCAUUGACGCUGGGAACGAAUUUAGAAAUGGCCUCUCGAUUGAUGGCUCCAGUCUAGGUUAGGAUUGGUCUAUGCUUGCGUGAAAGCUGUCAGGUUGCACUUAAAAUUAACCUGCUCAUAGAUAUUGGUGAAAACUAGCGUUACUUUUCUGGAUAUCUAGUUUCCUUAUUAGUCCCCCGGCAUAAAGUCAGUUUCACUUACACUAAUAUUAUGAUGAUAUUUGGACAAAAUUCAGGGGGUGGAAGUGGCCACGAGCCUGCCCAUGCUGGCUUUGUUGGGGAAGGGAUGCUCACAGCUGCUGUAUGUGGGGAUGUUUUCACCUCCCCUCCUGUGGAUUCCAUUUUAGCUGUAUGAUUGCGCAAAACCUUUGCUAUUAGUAGUAUUAUUUUCUAUCUUCAAAUUGUAUCUCUUGAAUCUUAGCUAAAGAAUCUUAAUACAACAGGCUAUCAGGGCAGUGACUGGUCCAAUGGGAUGCCUUCUGAUUGUCAAGGUAUAGUGACACCAAAUUUUAAUUUGUGAGUAUGAUUCCUUUUAGUAGAUAUUUCUCUUGCUCAGUGCCGUAGGGAUGCACUGUGUUCAGUUUCCCUUUUUGUGCUUUUUUCCGUGUCUGGUGGUUUACGUGUGUAUUGCGUAUCAAAUGCAACAGAAUUACACAGGUGAUCGAUUGAAUUUUGGUUUGGCAGCUGAGCAAGCAAAAUCUGAAGGGUAUAAAGUGGAGGUAUUCUAUUACCUUUCCUGUCAAAUUAUUUUUAAUAAACUUCGUCUUUCUUUAUAGAUCAAUUUAUGAUAGAAAUGAUAUUUUUUAGAUGGUUAUUGUUGGCGAUGACUGUGCACUUCCUCCGCCUCGUGGCAUUGCUGGACGGAGGGGUCUGGCAGGGACCAUUCUUGUUCACAAGGUAUAUUUUCUAGUUUAUUGGACUUUGUUUUGUGAUAAUGGAUGGUACAUCAAUUGUUUGCAGAUUCAAUCUGCCCUUACAAAAUGACACUACAGAAAAUUCUCUACUCUUUUAUAUUUUCUUCUUUUUCUCUCCCUGCUUGAUGAACCUAGAGCAGUACCAAAUCGCGUUACACAGUGAUUUCUAGUAAAGAUGGGAAAAAAAUCGCUUUCUGGUGAAGUGGAUUGCUGGAAUUUGUUACUCCCUUUUUUCUAAUUUACGAUACACCUAGGAAGCACCAGAUAUGGAAAAAUCUCAUGUGACUUCAUUUUUGAAAUCCAAGUCACCCAACCAUUAAACAUGUCGACACCAAAGCAUUUGAUAUGUAUAAAUCUAAAGAAAUCUUUGUUGAAGUAUUAAUUUCCAUGAUAUGCUUUAUUAAAAUGUGGAUUGAAAAAGGGAAGAUCUAAGUUGGUAUUGGUGCAGUUCGGGGUGAACUUGAAGAAACUAUACCAUCCUAUGGGUAGCUAUCUUAAGGAAUUAACUGGGCAUGAUUAAGUAGGGACGGGUCUUUUUCGGAAUCUGUAAAAACUGUUUCGUCCUAGUUGUUAGUAUUUCAAUUUUCCCUAUUUAUCAUUUGAUUUCGUUCCUUAUUUUUGCAUUUUUUAUUUUCAGCGAUUUAAUGACACAUACUGAUGAAUGAUAUCUUAAAGUAUUUAAUUAUAAAUAAAUCGUUCCCAUUCCAUUUCGUGACGAAUUCUUUUUCACGAACUUCGAUAUGAAAUGGGCAUGAUAAAGUUGGGGUGGGUCUUUCCUGGAAUCUGCAAAAACAGUUUCGGCAUAGUUGUUAUUAUUUCAUUUUUCCCUAUUUAUCAUUUUAUUUUCACUACUUAUUUUAAUUUUUACUUUCAGCGAUUUAAUCAUAUAUACUGAUGCACGAUAUCUUAAAACAUUUACAUAUAUGAUAUUCUUGGAAAAUUCCUUUUUACGAACUUUGAUAUGAUAUUCUGCUUAGUGGUGUGUGAUGAAAUGCUUCUGUUGAUGGAGUUUAGGGAUAAAUAUGCGUUAAAACAAAUGGAAGAGAAAAUUUGUUGUAACCUUAACGCUGAUAAGAUGAAAUCCGGUCAUCUUUGGAUUAAGAAAUGGGAGGGAGCACUAGAAAGGGUGUGGAUGGAAGUUGUGGGGUUUUCUCCCGAUGACCUCUUGGAAUUUUGGAGAAGAUUGAUCAUUUACGAGGAACAUAUUGAUGAUAUCUUCGUAUUGUUGUUUGGAUUCAACUAACAAAUGGGAUGUCUUACUUUCCCCCCAUAGCUCUAACGAUUGCGUUUUUUUAGUUCGUUUCUUCCUGUAUCUACCUCUCAGUCCACCGUUGGCAUCUGACUGGUUAGCUUGAAGCUGAAUCAUAUCACAUUCUCACCAUUUACCUUAAAUUCCCGUUUUCAUUUCCUAAAGUGCCAUUACUACUAGGCUUAGUGAUCAAGUGCCUGCUUCCAAAAGCAUCUACACUUUUACUAUAGCUAUUUUAAAGGAAUUCAUACAUUAUAGUAUUGCUUUAUAGCUACCUUAAUUAUUGGAACAGUGACUCUUCAUGGUCCUUUCAGAGUUCUGACUCUAUUGUCCUCCUUUUUUUUGUGGGGCUACACUUAACAGGGUUCGCUUGUUUCAGAAAUUUUACAAUAGGACUAGAUUACUUAAAAAACACAUGAGGAGCUUUACAAAUUAUUGGAAUAAGCUGAAGCAUCUUCAGCCCAAAUUAUUCUUGGUCAUGUGGACGUUAUCAGACAAUUGCAAAGAUUCUUCUAAAACACAGUUAUAGAUCAAAUCUAUUAUUUAUCUUUGAUUGGUACGAUAGAGUAUCUUUCAAUGAUGCUCAAUAUCACAGUCAAAGAAACAUUUAGGUUGGUCCUCCCUUGCUGUAGGUUGCUGUUUCAAGCACUGAUUGACCAUCUAGCCUUGGUAAUGCUCCCCUAUUUGGACGAUAUCUGAGAGGCUUGUUGAGCAAUUGUGGUAAUUUAAUGUAGCUCACUUCGAGCCCGUUUCAGAAUCUCGUUUAUCCUUGGCCGGAAACAUAAAGACUCGACCCAAAGCAAUUUAAUCUUGCCUAUGUUGCAAAUAAAGUAAAAAAUAUGCUUUAGCUUAAAUUGAAAAAAGUCAUUACCAUGAGAUUAUAGAAUUUGUGGAAGAUUGAUAUCGGCAUUUGAUAUGUGAAAUUUUUUUAUUACAAUUUGCAUAUGCUCCAUAUAGAUCACCAUUUCAUCCACACCGUUUGUGAUAGGUUGCUGGUGCAGCUGCUACUGCCGGUCUUUCUCUCAAUGAAGUUGCUGCAGAAGCAAAACAUGCAGCUUCAGUCGUCGGAACAAUGGGAGUUGCUUUAUCGGUUUGUACGUUACCAGGUCAGGUUACGUCAGAUCGUUUAGGUCCAGGAAAGAUGGAGCUCGGCCUUGGAAUUGUGAGUUAUAGUCAUUUUAAGUUGCAUUCACUGUGUUGGUUGGUUGUUUUUCUUUUGUGCAGUCUUGAUGAGAUUUUUCUUACGAACAUAGCAGUGUUUCAUGAAAAACAAAGGUUAUGCCAUACUUUAACAUUGGAAACGAAUAGAAAAGAAGAAUAUUAAGAGUAAUCACUCCUGAAGAGUUGCCUGUUUCUUGCUCAAAGAAGAAUAUAGUCAAUCAAACACAGAUGUUAACCUUUUCAACUAAUCACAGUAGCUACAAUCCUAUACAGAAUGAUGAUAGCAUCACCUGAUUUACCUAUUCACAAGUGGCAUGUAAAUCGGAAAGCGUUGACAAUGUUAUUCUCCAUAAAUUCUCAUUUGAUCAAGCACCUGCCUUCACAGCCAUCUUCUGGGAAUUUCAAGAAGAACAAUUUUAUCCAUCCUUUCUGUUGUAUUAACGAUUAGACAAACACUGCUAACUCAGAACACAACCAGAAUGGGUAAUGUUCUUUCUCUGUAUGCUAAUGACUUGUCCCAUUGGUUGUGGUUUGACAUAUCCUUUUUUCAAAUCCUAGAGGAUGGGUUUUUGCCUAUCUACAUUGUAUUUUGUGUUUCUGUUUUUACUAGUCUAAUAUUACAGUCACAGUUUCGAUUAAUUAAAUAAUUAUGUGGUUGCAUCUCCCAAUAUUUCUCUUCAUCUUUCACCAUAGUGCUCAUCACGACUUCUUGUGUUCUUUUUCUAAUCAUCUAAAACAAUGUUUGAAAUUUGAAUGUGUUAACUUUUGCCCAAAAACCAUUUAUAUCCUCCAUAAGCACCUUUUAUCGAAUAUCCCCCAUUAGAAUUCGCAUUCCAGAGAAAGUGUCUGAAAGCUUUUUCUAUUUCCACAGCAUGGAGAACCUGGUGCUGCAGUGACGGAUCUCCAGCCUGUUGAUGUUGUGGUAUCUCACAUUCUUAAGCAGAUACUAUCAACGGUAUAUUCAAUAACAGUGCCGAAUCAUACCAUUUUUUCGUUACUUUUAUUUGUGCUAAUCGUUCCUAGAUGUUAUGGCAGUGGGAAUUAUCUUGUAAAUGGAUCCUCUAAUUUCCCCCCAUUCCAUCCUUCUCAAGCGUGCAUUGUAGUAAAAUUUCAUCAUUUGUUUCUGAAGUACCGUUUCUGUUAAUGAAUGUAUUCUUUAAUAUUUGAACUUGUAUAUUUUGUAAAGCAUGCCAUUAGAACACUUUUUUGUGAGUCAUCACAGCCAAAAAGGUUGUAGGGAGAAUGCCUUGCAAGAUGUUGACCUUACAUCUUGGAGGAUGGUCAGAUCUAUUUUAAUCUCAAAAGGUGCCAAUGGUAAAAUUUAAGCGUUAAAAUAUUCUGAUUUGAAAUUGUAGUUGUCAAUUUUCUUAGUAAAGCAAUGAUUCUACUACUAGACACCUUGCCUUUAAAUAUGCCUAUAGUUUUUUUUUUGUUUCAAAAUGAAUGUAUUCUUUAAUAUUUGAACUUGUAUAUUUUGUAAAGCAUGCCAUUAGAACACUUUUUUGUGAGUCAUCACAGCCAAAAAGGUUGUAGGGAGAAUGCCUUGCAAGAUGUUGACCUUACAUCUUGGAGGAUGGUCAGAUCUAUUUUAAUCUCAAAAGGUGCCAAUGGUAAAAUUUAAGCGUUAAAAUAUUCUGAUUUGAAAUUGUAGUUGUCAAUUUUCUUAGUAAAGCAAUGAUUCUACUACUAGACACCUUGCCUUUAAAUAUGCCUAUAGUUUUUUUUUUGUUUCAAAUAUUGCAGGAAACUCAUUAUGUUCCUAUCACAAGAGGAAGUCGGGUCAUUCUAAUGAUCAAUGGGUAAGUCCUUAAGUAUUAGUGAAUACUGUGUAUUUCCUCAAUGAAACAUAUAGAUAUGAGGUUCAUUUAUGACAAUUGGAUGACUGUUUCUGGGAGGAAUCUUUAAAUGGACUUUAUUUUUCAACGCAGUGACCAAUGAAAAAGAGAAUGUAAAGGAAAAUCCUCAAGUUUUUGUAAUAAAUGAUCUAACGAUUAUUGAUUUCUUAAUCCGUAUUGGUUAAUCAUGAUAUUGGGAUGUAAUCGGUUAAUUACCCUUGAAAAUCUAGAUUCAGACAUGAUAAAUCUUUAUUUUAAGUUGACUUGUAAAACAAAUCCAUAUCAAUGUUACGAUUGAAGAAAAAGCUAUUUGCAAACAGGUUUCUUAAGGGUCAUGUCUACUUUCCAAUGAUCUUAGAUACGUACGUUUUUGCGUCCUGUUACCAUGACUGAGUACAAGAUGGUGGCUAUUUUUUAACGAAACACAAUCUCGAACUUUGUUCUCCGCAUGGACCUUUUUUUCAUGAUUGUUCCGAACAAGUCUUAAGCUGGCCUUGUUUAAUUUUGAUUAUACAGAUUGGGCUCCACACCCAUAAUGGAGCUGAUGAUUGCAGCAGGAAAAGCAGUCCCACAGCUACAGCUGGAGCAUGGAGUUGCAGUAGAAAGAGUUUACACAGGAUCAUUUAUGACUUCUCUUGACAUGGCAGGUUGGUUGGGGUCUAUUUUACUUCUAUUUUCCUUUUUCACAAAUAAGUAAUUCCAGUGUCAUUAUUGAGCAGGGUUCUCUAUUACUGUGAUGAAGGCUAAUGCAGAGAUUUUGCAGCGUUUGGAUGCUCCAACUAAAGCACCAAAUUGGCCUGUUGGUGUUGAUGGUAAGAGAUAACCCGUGAGUAGAACCAUAUUAAGCAUGCUCCAUUUUUCUUUUCAUUUGUUUGACUCAUCUAUUUUGAUGCAGUUUCAAAGAUUUUGGCAGUUUUUUCUUUUCUUUUUUAUGCUCGAGGAUACAAUUUUUCUGGUUGUUUAUUUGUGUGGUCAUUGUAAGGUCUCUUGAUGGAUUAAAAUUAUUUCUCGACACUUUUCAAUAUAUAUAUACAUAUAGAUUAACUAUGUUGCAUCGGUUAUCUACCGAUUGGAGGUUGAGAUUAUGCGUGCUCAGUACCCAACUGCCUGAGGUUAUGUGGAAUUGACUGAUUUUGCUUCUUCUCUCCCAAAAUAUUCUGGAUGUUGAAACUCACUGAGCACUUGCUUCUACAGAAAAUAGACAGAUUUCCCUUCCACACUGAGGAUUGAUCCAGUACGAUGGUAUAAAGAUUCAUUCAGAAAGAGGAGAAAUACUUCAUGCAGAAAAACGUAUCUAAUAUAUCAGCCCACAACGCAAUCACGGAUUUUUUUAAUCAGACUGAGGGGUGUGCCGAUGCAUGUGAAUUAUGAUUUUGUUGAAUCGAAUGAACAUAUAUGAACAACUGGAUGCUUCUAGUUCAAGGCAUUUUGAGCUAGAUUACAAGUUAUGGCAUUGGGUCAAACUAUUGGGCUAUGCAAUCUUUCAUUGCCUAAUGUAGGCAUUAACAGAAGUCAUCCUGGCCUUUCUCUAGGUGCUAACUUUAUUUAUAGUGUUGAUGAGUCAUAAUGCCCAAGAGUGCAAAUGAUUAAACGACUGUAGUGACCUUCAAACGACUUAAAUAUCUCUUUCUGUUCGCAUAGUGGCUUUCUUCUAAGUGAGAAAAUGACAAGUGAUGAGCAAACCUAGUAAAAAUAUACUGAAACAGUGCUCAUGUGCUGUUUCCCUCAUGAGCAAACAGCUGCACUAUGUACCAUAAAUCUUAUCGUGCUCCCAAUAUUUCUCUGCAGCUGAGUGUUCAUCUCUGUUAGAAAGACAGGUAAUGGUGAUUGUAUCAGAGAAAUGGGGAUACAUGUUCUUUUCUUUUCAUCUCUUCUCACAAGUUAGGAGAAUUUUUUGUCGUACAUCAGGUAUAAUUAUACAACCUGUAACUGAUUGUGUUCUUGCCAUCAAAACCUCGUCACAUGACAGACAAGUAAUUGAACUGUGAUUCCACCGAUGAGGUAUUAAUAGGAUCUUAUGAUUGCCCUUUUCAUGAGUUUGAACAAGAUCAACUGCAGCUUGUUCUUUUCAUUUUUGGGAUCUGUAUCUGUGAUUAGACUUAUGAAAUAGUUUUAAAAUGUUAAAUAUCAAACCUUUUAGUUUAUUCUCAUUCAUAUAUGGUGUACUUCUAUCAUUUGAUAUUUUUCUAUCACUAGUCAUCUAAUUGCCCGGUUAUCUGGAAUCACGCUAGUGGUAGGAUAUACCAGUGGGAUCUGGUGCGGUAUUCUUCGGUCCAAUUUAUGUGUGCUUUGAUGUCAAGCUGAUGAGCGAGAGAGAGAGAGAGAGAGAGAGAGAGAGAGAGAGAGAGAGAGAGAGAGAGAGAGAUUAAUGAAUAGAUUGAUGGAUAGAUACAUGGCAGUUUUUAUCGAUUUCAUCAUUGUUGUGGUGGACUUGUCCUUUUUCUAUUUUUUUGAGUUUCAUGGUAAAAAAAAAAGGAUCCUUCCCAUUCCUGAGAACUGAGCUUAAGGCGGAUCUUUUGUGCAGGAAAGCAUCCACCAACAAAGAUCCCCGUCCCAUUGCCACCUUCUCGAUCAACAAGGAAUGAAGAGGUAACCGAAUUUUGUUUACUUUUUUGCCUCUGUUGCAUAACCCACACGCAUUUACUAGAAUAGUACUAUUUUCUUAUAUCGGUUCUGUUUGAAUUCUCAACAAAAUUACAAGACGUUGUUUUAUAUUUCAAUUUCCAAUAUCAGAUCAAAUUAUUUCACUGAUAUUAAUUUUUACGUCGUAAUUAAUUCUCAAUGAAAUCACAAGACGUUACUUUAUAUUUCAAUCUCUAAAAUCACAUCAGAAUUCGGCAUUGGUAUUAAUUUUUACAUCGUAAUUCUCAACAAAAUUACAGGUAUUAAUUUUUUCCAUUGGUAUUGAUUUUUUUAAUCAAAUUUUUACAUUGGUAUUAAUUUUUAUGUCGUAAUUGUCAGCAAAAUUACAAGAAACUGUUUUAUAUUUAAAUUUUUUACGUCACAUUGAAUCUUCAGAUUGGUUCCAGCUUUUGUAUUCUAAUUCUCCAGAGAAUUACAGGACAUUUUUGUGUGUAUAUAUAUUUUUAUUAUUAUUUAUUUAUUUUUAACCAUUCCUAACAAGAGUCUGAACCAGAAAUGUCCUAGGUGGGUUCCCUUGCCCCCGACUAGCUCCGGUCAGAGCCCCGCAGUUUUUACCCAUUUCUUAAUGAUUUUUUCACCAGGCGUUGACUCAACCUCAAGAGCUGAGGAAACAAGGAUACGUUCUCCAAGCUGCCAUUGAGGCGGCGGCAAACGCUAUCAUCGGUCUCAAGGACAGCUUGAACGAGUGGGAUAGUAAAGUGGGCGACGGUGACUGCGGGUCAACAGUUGAGUUCAUUCUUUGACCAUUCCUGGCCAUCAUCUUCCAUUGUCAACUCAAUCAGCUGGAGGAUGGAUUUCCAUGGUUUUGCAGAUGUUCAGAGGCGCCGCGGCCAUCCUGGAAGACCUGAGGAAAUGGUAGUCUUCACGGCGUUCCUCUCCAUUCUUUUUAUUUCCUUUUUUGGGGUGCUUCAUUAAUCCCAGAAAUUUGUCUUUUCUAAGAUAUGAAUCUGAGCAGCCUUCUUCCUCCUCUGGCAGCUACCCGCUCAACGACGCUGCGGAGACGGUCAACGAGAUCGGUGCCUCGAUCCGACGGGUGAUGGGAGGAACGAGCGGGAUUCUGUACGGGCGUUCAACUCCCAUUAAUCACCCAGAAAUUAGAUUUUCCGAAUUUUUUAUUUAUUUCUGUGCGGGUAUCCGAAUAGUCAUCUCUCUCAUCCCACCAGGUACGACAUAUUCUGCAAGGCGGCAUACGCGAAGCUGAAGGAGAACCAGGCUGGCCCCACACCACGAGACUGUGAGAUCGAUCACCCAGCAUAUGAAGUUUCAGUAAAUAUUAUUUAUUUAUUUAAUUUUCUUGUUUGUUUAAAUUUAGAGCGAAAAUGUUCUUCUCUCAGGGGCCAGUGCUUUGGAGGCGUCCAUUGCUGCGGUGAGCAAAUACGGUGGCGCUUCAGCGGGCUACCGAACAAUGCUGGACGCCCUCAUUCCGGCCGCGACGGCUCUAAAAGAGGCGCGUGUUGCCGCCCAUCUCGAAGAUUUUCUUUUUCCUUCUUUGGGAAAAAAAGAAAAAAAACUCGUCCGCUUUUGUUGGCUGACCCUGAUCUUGUUGACAGAAGCUGGAUGUGGGUCUCAAUCCCUUGGAUGCAUUCCUUGAUUCCUCAGAGGCAGCUCUUGCUGGUGCAGAAUCCACAAAGAACAUGCAGCCCCAGGUCAUCUCUCUCUCUCUCCCCCCCCCCCUCUCUCUCUCUCUCUCUCUCUCUCUCUCUGUUAACCUUGAACCCAAUCAAGAUGCUGUCUCUUCAUCAAGAGGGCUUGUUACAGCUGAAAUGAAAUGUGAUAUUUAACGUUGAAGCAUGGUUUUUUGGUGGGGGGAUGCAGGCCGGGCGAUCAAGCUACGUGUCCGGAGACAUUGCAAUGACAGUGCCUGACCCUGGAGCGGUUGCCGCUGCAACCUGGUACCGGGCCGCCGCUCUCGCCGUAAAGAGUCAGAUGGCUCCUCCCUGA